AUGGAGCCAGUGGCGAUUGCUUCGUCGACGGCGGGGGCGAAUGAUCAUCGGUUGGAAGGGUGGAAGGCGAAAGGUCGGUCAUUAGAACUCACAGAUCAUCAGCGGCUGUCGCACUGUGUGGGGCGUCAUCAGGUCUCUUUUGCAGCUACGCAUGCAGACGUCGUUUCAUCGUCCGAGACAGCCACUACUGGGGCUAGGUAUUCUUCAGCGAAGGAGGGCUUGAUUAAAAAAUUGGUCAGGAAGGAAGGCCCAUUGAGGUCGGGGCCUGUGAGUAGCUUGACUUCCCCUUUCUCUUCCCCUUACCCCCAAGCCAGUUUCAUUACCCGCUUCAUUGACCAUCGCAAAGCCCAACCCCAAGCCCACUAUCAGAUUCCAGUUUCUCGACCUUUCAAUCUUUGA